AUGCGCUCGUUUGGUAUUCUUUCUUUCUUCGCGGCGGCGACGUCUUUGGUCGCGCCCGUCUUAGGCCAGAGCUGCUCUACAACCGGUGUCACUGGCACAGCCGCUGCAGGGGACCCCUACUGGCUGCAGAGCAUCAAGCACCAAGGUAUCGCUGCCUUCAAUGCGGACCCUAGUGGGUAUCAGGUCUUCCGCAACGUCAAGGACUUCGGCGCCGUUGGCGACGGUGUAACGGACGACACCGCCGCAAUCAACAAUGCUAUCUCGUCUGGCACUAGGUGCGGCGAAGGUUGCGACUCGACUACUACCCAACCCGCAGUUGUCUACUUCCCUUCCGGGUACGCCGCGUGUUCAUGGCUGAAUUCUUUCACGUUCAACAGUGCCUAUUACUACACCGUCCUGAUCGGUGAUGCACGCAACCCUCCUAAGUUGCUCGCCGAUGCAAGCUUCUCGGGUUUCGCUGUCAUCGAUGCGGACCCGUACAUCCCAGGUGGCGGCGGUGCCCAGUGGUACGUGAACCAGAACAACUUCUUCCGGAGCAUUCGCAACUUCGUUAUCGACCUCACCCAAACGCCCGCAACCGCGACCACCACCGGUAUCCACUGGCAAGUCUCGCAAGCGACCUCAAUCGUAAAUGUCGUCUUCGAGAUGAGCACUGACCCCAACACUGGCCACCAAGGUAUAUGGAUGGAGAACGGUUCUGGUGGUUUCUUGGGCGACGUUGUUUUCAACGGAGGCAAAUACGGCAUGUGGGUCGGCAACCAGCAGUUCACAGUCCGCAACGUGACCGUCAACAACGCGAAUACUGCCAUUUUCUCGAUUUGGAACUGGGGCUGGACUUUCCAGGGUGUCACUGUCAACAACUGCCAGGUCGCCUUCGACCUCACCACGGGCGGUCUCACGCAAGAUAGUCAGACUGUGGGCUCGAUUGCCGUUAUCGACGGCUUUGUCUCCAACACGCCCAUACUUGUCCGUUCCUCGACCGCCUCCAACGGCAAGCUUGCGGGUGCCCUCGUCCUCAACAACAUCCAUCUAACCAACGUCCCUACGGCCGUCACCGUCGCCGGUGGCGCCACUGUCCUUGCGGGCUCCUCGGGCACCCAGGUCAUCGAUUCAUGGGGCCAGGGCAACGUCUACACCGGCUCCUCAACGACCGGCACCUUUACCCAGGACAAAAUCGCGGCGCCGAACAAGCCAAGCAGCCUCCUCGACAGCGCCGGCCGUAUCUUCGGCAAGGCGCACCCUCAGUACGAGGACUUCGCCGUCAGCCAGGUCGUCAGCGUCCGCGACCAGGGCGCGAAGGGCGACGGCAAGACCGAUGACACUGCUGCUCUCCAGGCUGUCUUCGACCAGCAUGCGGGGUGCAGCCUCAUCUUCGUCGACGCUGGCACGUACCUUAUUACCGACACGCUCAAGAUUCCUGCCGGCGCGCAGGUUGUCGGUGAGGCCUGGAGUGUCUUCCUGGGAUCCGGUAGCGCGUUCUCCGACCAGUCCAACCCGAAGGUCGUGGUGCAGGUUGGCCAGCCAGGCGACACUGGUAUAGUUGAGAUUUCAGACAUAAUCUUCGCGACCCAGGCCCCUGCUGCAGGUGCCAUUGUCGUCGAGUGGAACAUCCACUCUGACGUCCAGGGCGGAGCCGGUUUGUGGGAUUCUCACAUUCGUCUCGGCGGUGCUGAGGGCACGAACUUGCUUGUUUCUAACUGCGCCAACGGUACUGUCAAUGACGCAUGCUCCGCUGCCUACCUCGCCCUCCAUCUCACCGAGGGCUCCACCGCAUAUCUCGAGGGCACUUGGGUCUGGCUCGCAGACCACGACCUCGACAGCGGAGGAUCGAAGCAGAUUACGGCGUUCAGCGGUCGCGGUAUCCUAUCAGAGUCUGCUGGUCCCGUCUGGCUGAUCGGCACGGGAUCGGAGCACCACACGCUCUACCAGUACAACCUCGUGGGCGCGAAGGACCACUACUUGGGAUUGAUCCAGACCGAGACUCCGUACUACCAGCCGGUCCCCGCGCCACCUGCUCCGUUCAGCACGAACAGCGCUCUUCACGAUCCCACGUACUCGGGCUCGCAGACGUCGGCAUGGGCUGUCAACAUCGAGUCUUCGUCUGACAUCAUUAUCUUCGGUGCCGGUCUCUACAGCUUCUACCAAAAUUACGACCAGGCCUGCUUGAACACCACCAGCUGCCAGAGCCAGAUCUUCAACAUCGACUCGGGCUCCACCGUGAGCGUGUACAGUCUCGCUACCGUCGGCGUGACCACCUCGCUCUCCAUCGAGGGUAGCCCCAUCAUCCCUGCCAGCGCGAAUGUGAACGGCUUCCAGUCCACCGUCACUUCGUGGACCCGGUCUUAG